GGAUCGUUAAGGAGGUCGAGGUCCCACAGGCUGCCCUGGGUGUCCCAGCCCAUGGGACGGGGGACAGUGGCCAUUCACCUGUGGCUGAGGAGGAGGCAGGCAUCCCGAUCCCAGCACCAGGUCUCCUGCAGGUCACAGAGAGGAGGCAGCCCCUGAGCAGUGUCUCCUCUUUGGAGGUCCACUUCGACCUCCUGGACCUCACUGAGCUCACUGACAUGUCCGACCAGGAGCUGGCCGAGGUCUUUGCCGACUCGGAUGAUGAGAACGUGACCAGUGACUCCCCAGCAGGUCUGCACCCGCUGCCCCGGGCGGGCUGCCUGCGCUCUCCCUCCUGGACGAGGACCAGGGCUGAGCAGAACCGCGAGAAGCAGCCCCUUGGAGACCAUGAGAGGCAGCCUGCGAUUGUGGACACAAUUCUCACUGUGGAGGGGCCCAAGGAGGACUAAGCUGUCUCCACCUGCUGGGCCACCCACCCUCAUGACGGCAAGUGCAAACAGUCCUGGCCUGGCAACACUCUCCACCCUCCCCAUGAGGCUCCAGCCGUCACCUCCUAACAGCAGCCAGGGAAGGGCUGCCAGCCACAGGCCUCUGGGCACCCAGCACAAGCACAGCCCAGCGGCCUUACCUCCAGCUGCUGCCCUUGCCUGGACAGGGACGACAUGGCCAUGAUGUUACUGCUCAGGAUGAAGCAAGCACAGCCUGGGCCUUCUGGAACCUUCUGUCCACAGGACCAGUGCUCACAAUGGCCCCCAAUCCCCACAGGUCCUAUGCCACUAGGCUCGGAAGCUAGAGUGGGCCUGGCGUAGCCCACGGGGUGCUCCACCGUCCAACCACGCAUGGGGCCGGGGCACAGACCUCCACCACGCUCUCCAUCUUGCCUAUCCUUCUGCCCCAGGGAGGCACUGCUGGUACCAGAGCCCCCUCCCCAGCCCACUCCAAGACCUGUGUCUUCCCUCUGGGUCUCCACAUGACAGCCAUGGGAUGAGGGCCUGGUGUAUCUCCCCACCUUGAAACACCAAAUACGGCCAACUGCCUCAGAGCUGAGACUGCUGGGACAGGGCUCACCCUCUCCCACCACCUGUCCCCCAUGUCCCAUGCCUGUCAGUCACACACAGGAGGUGGCCUGGCUCUGGGUAUGUCUGGUAGGGCCAAGCCUACUGCUCUCUGGUAGGACGGAUGUUCACUGCAAAUAGACAGGUGUUAGGACUAUGAUUCCAAGGCUAGUUUUGAAGUGAAACUUCAAACUUGCUUUCCAUCCCCAAACCGACCUACCCUCCUGUCCCUGCUGAUGCUUCUGAGGAAGGCAGCAGGCUCAACUUCACUCCCAUCAGAUGCUCCUGGAGACUAGGGCGGCAGGGUCCCCCACCCGAGCUCCCCUCUGCUUGGGGCUUCUCACAAACCAGGUCUCCCAGUGAACACUGUCCCUGGUUCCCAACAGACACACAACUGCCCAACCUCUGCAGCGUGAGCCCCACACCUCCCCCUUGCCUUCCUGCUGUAGCUUCCAUAGCGCGUGUUCAGAGUGGGAUUAAAGCUUCACCACCAUCUGAAA